GCUGAAACGAGACUUACCAAAAACAAACAAAAUGGCGUCGGUUAAAGUUCAGGUUGAAUACUGUGGAAGCUGAGGUCACUUCCCUCGGUUUAGGCGUCUGAUGGAGGACAUCCUCUCAGAGUUGCCAGAAACCGAGGUGGUUGGAGAUGUCGGGAGAAACCAGUCAUUUGAGGACUCAAUUAAUGGACAGCUGGUGUUCUCAAAACUAAAGACAUAUGGGUUCCCCAAAGCACAAGAUAUUAUUAAGGAAAUUCAGCGGGCUUUACAAGGGGAGAAAUGUCAGGAAAUAACGGAUUCCGAGUCCCCCUGGUGUGUCUUACUCUAAUCCUGUGUGCCUACUACACAAACGCCUAGCCUGUAAUUAACAGAAACACAUGCACACUCAAAUAUACCAGUGGUUUAGAUGACAAACUACAAGGAGGAUGGUUGGACACAAACAACAAAAUCAGCAUUAAUUGUUUAUUAAAAUAUCAGUCAAGUAAAUUGAAGCAUGCUAAUGCAUGGGAAAAAGACAUAACAUGAAAAUACCUUUUUGAUGUUUUAAAUGACUUUUGAAUAAACCAGUGAUGUAAGAGGAAGUUUUAACAAAUGUAUGGAAUGUUGUGUACAGAAAUACUUUAUAACAUACAUUUGUACUUAUUUGAAUUACAUCAAAUUCCUGAUUAAUAUACAUCAGCAUGGGGACCUGUGUUUCCCACAUCAUUUGUGUGUUACUGUUGCCCGUAUCAUUCAAGCGCUCACCCUAAAGGUCAAGAUUACAAUUAUAAGCCAUUUGGUUCUCAUCAGACAAGACAAAAUCGGAGUCAUUUGACAAUAUCCUGUGACUGCCAUUGUCAAUUUUAUUUUUCACAAAUAGCAUUCAUUUUAGUACCACAUAAAUUGUGUUAAAUAACUGUUGUGUUCUUGAGAUGAUGUGUUUCUCCUUUUUACAGGCCUUGUAAAUGUGUAAGGGAUAUUUCAAAUCCAAAUUUUCAGUUAAAUACUAUACAAGCGCAUGAGGAAACUUAGCUAAACAAUUGAAGCUAUUUUUCUGAUUAAUAUUUUUGAUAAAUAUUUUUGAUGUUAGUAUUUGAGUGAUUGUCAGGGAUUCAAAUAUUUCCUUUUUUAAAGUAUUUUUAUUAUACAGAAGAUAUAUACGUUCAUGUUGCAAUUACAUUGUGUUGUUCAUAUACAUUCAAAUACAUGUAUAUAUUUUGUUUUCAAUAAUUAUACAUUGGUUUCAUACCUUAUUAUUGUAAAUUCCUUUUCUUUAUAGACCACCUUUUCUGGUUUGAUUCAAUAUUAAUAUAUUAUUUUUGAUAUUUGUAAUUAUGAUGUGUUUAAAAAUGAUGUAUAACUAUCAAAGUUGCAUUUAAUAAAUGUAUUAUGUAAGAAAAUCAAAUGUAAAGAGAAAAGAUUUAUGAUUUAUCAUUCUCAAACAUUUCUGUGCAAUUAAACGGGUUUCUGUUGAAACUUUCUACUUCAAGGAUUGUUUCUGUAGUUUUUCAUAUAAAUAUCAAGGUUUUUCAAAGAUCGAUUCAAUAUGAAAAAUAACUGUUUUGAUAAAUUACUGUAAUUGCCAAAUAUUUAAUCAGUAAAAGUGUACUUGCCGUUGAAGGGUCGGUCUCUCACAAAGGGUUCAUGUUGGCACGUUUUUCUAUUUCGAAAUCUGACCAUGCAUGUAUUAAGUUGUUUUAGAUAAUUUGUAAUGAUUUCCAAACCAACAUUCUUUUUUAGUGGUCUAUAUUAUAUUGUGUAAACUACAUGUUCCCUCAAAUGGGGUCAGUCACUAUUCAUAUUUACCGCAUCACCUGAUUAAAAUCAAUAACUGCUGACAGCUGAUUUUUUAAAUUAAAUGUUCAGGUAAACAUAAGAAAUGAUGCCUUCUAAUUGGACAAAUUAUAACGUUGACCACUUAUCAUGAACAAACACUUGCAUUUAGCAAUUUAGGCCUAAAAUUAGGCUAGCCUUCCCCGCAUUGUGCAAAACUAUGGAUUACAAAUAAACUUAUAAUUAUGUAUUCAAAAUUGUUUCAAACAUAUUUGAAAUAAUUAACGAUUUCUAGCUGAAAAGACAAGAUACUUAAAGUGACACUCUUAUUCAAAAUCAAUACAUACACAUGUAUAACAAACAAAAUUUUGAGUGACGAACCUUUAACUUCUUACUUAAAAAUGCAUUUAUGAUAAGUAUUUAUUACGGAUGGCCAGAUUGAAACUGUAUAUUAAAUAGAUUGGUACCCAAAAAUUUUAAAUGAUUAUUGAGUGCUAAAAUAUAUACAGUGUGAUCUGCUACCAUAUCAUAAGGUAGAAAUACUGUGUUUUCUGCACCAUUAUUUCAAAUUAACUCUGCAUCUUUCAUAACAAUCAUUGUUUUUGACGUGUAUUCAUCGUUAUUUUGUUUAUUAAAACAAUAUUAUUAAUCGUGGUAAAUGUCAUUUUUUCUCAACUUGAAUCAUUAUGAAAGAUGACAUAAUGUUCCAUGUUGUUGAAUGGUUAUAGUUAUGGAUUAUCCUUGCGAAAUUCGAAAUACUGUAGUUAACACAUUUCAUAUCAUGAUGCCUUAUGUGUAUUGAAAAUAAAACUGUAAGCAUUUAUUACUUUAUCUAUUACAUUUGUGUUGAACCAUCUACACUAUUUAUUAUUUAACGAUGCACUCAUAUUCUCCAAUAAGGAGUACCACAAUUAAUACGAGUUUUACCAAAAAGAUAUCGAAAACAAUAUAUAUUUUUUUUAUUUCUAUGUUAAAUUUGAAGGAAAGGUGCAUACAACUGGAUACAUAUACCUUAUAAUACGAUUGUUGAUCGCCGUUUUAUCUUUUAGGACCCACCAAUCAUUUGAAAUGUGUACAGUUUUAGAUACUAAGUACAUGGUUUCCAUCUUGUAUCAGUAAUUAAUAUUGUCCAUAAAUGCAAUAAAAAUGAUUCAGUAAGUAGUUACUGAAUUAUCACUCAA